AUGGGCCCGCGGCUCCCGGCUCUUCUGAUCGUGGUCCUGGCCGGCCGCCUGCUUCCAGCCCGGGGCUGCGUCAUGUGCGAUCCCAACGUGCGAAAGAUGGUGGACCACUUAGAGACGACUUACCUGCCCGGUCACCUAGAAACCCAGUAUCAUGAAGACUUUUUGACCAGGGUCAAGCAGGCCUUGGAGGAUUUCAAGGACCUGCCGAUUGACGAGGAUGCCUAUAUGGGGGUCAUUGACCAGCCUACCCUGGAAAAGGUAUCCUGGAGUUUGAUCAAGGAUAUCAAACGCAUGACGGAAAGUGAUGUAAAAGGUGAACUCUUCGUGAAAGAGUUUUUAUGGAUGCUGAAGAUGGAGAAGGACAUCUUUGCUCGAGUUGUGGGUCGGUUUCAAAGACAAGCUUUCUGUCCCAACAAAUGUGGAACCAUGUUGCAGACCUUGAUUUGGUGCAGAACCUGCAAGAAGCAGGUUCACGCCUGUCACAAGUCCAUGGAUUGCGGGGAACGACACAUCAGCGUCCAUCUCUUGGAAGAUUUGGUCCUGAACUGCGAGCUGAACUGGCAUCAAGCCUCUGAGGGUCUGACCACAUACAGCUUCUACAGGGUUUGGGAGAACAACACUAAGACGUUGCUGUCCGAGGGGAAGGAGCCCACCCUUUCCAAGCCCAUGGUGGGGCCAGAAGAUGAAGGGAAAUACAGCUGCGUGCUAGGAUCCGUGCAAAACACCCCAGCCACGAUCCUGCACUAUAGAGUCAAAGUGUUGCCCAAAAGCCGCGAAGAUGAGAUUGUGCCAGCUGAUGCGGAUAAACGCAUUACCAGCCGCCCGCUCCCUGGCUCCAACUCUCACAUCAUGGACCACACGCCGACCGAGUCCCUGACUCCGGAACCGAAGAAGUUGCAAAAAUCCCUCAUCACCAUUCUGAUCUGGACCUCCCUGGUGCUGAUACUGGCCCUUGCGUUCAUAUUAUUUUGCUUUCGUUUCACGGAGGUGGCUGAGUGGCUCCACUUCGCAUUUGGGGCUGCCCCAAAGCAGAAGGUUCCAGAAGAAAAGGACCAGGACAACCUGGACGAAACAGUCGAGGACAGUGCCCAGGACAAGGCAGAGGUCAAGGACAAGACAGAGGUCAAGAACAAGGCAAAGGUCAAGGACAAGGCAGCGGUCAAGAACAAGUCAAAGAUCAUGGGCAAGGCAGAAGUUAAGGACAAAGCAGAGGUCCAAGACAUGCCAGAGGUCAAAGACAACGUGGAUGAUGUGGGCAAGGACAAGGACCAGGGCACGGAUGACAUCUCUACAACAAUUCAGGAGUAA